AACAACGUAACACAACAAAUUUGAUUGUAAUCGAUCAUAGCUAGAUUCAAAACCUGUUGUUGUGUUGUUCAAUUUGCCUGCCUAAGAUCGAAUAUAUAUAAUUCUGAUUUGUGAAGGAGCUAAGCUAAGCAAGAUGGAGUUGAAGCAAAUCCAAAUUCGCCCCACAUCCACUUCCACUUCCAUUAGUUCUCCCGUUAAACAUAAGAAAUCUGAUUAUUCUUUCUCUGAAAAUACACCUAAUUCCAACGCUCUCCCACUGCUUCUCUACCUUACUAACGCCGUCUUCUUUGCGGCCGUCUAUUUCCUGCUCGUUAGCUGGCGCGACAAGAUCCGUCACUCCAAGCCUCUCCAUGUUGUCUCAAGCUCUGAGAUGGCUGCCCUCCUCGCUUUUGCGGCUUCGUUUGUUUAUCUCUUGGGGGGCUUCUUCAAUCCUCUACAAGAGCAGCAGGAAUUGGAGAGCCAAGAAGAUGAAGAAGAAAAACAGAAGAUUACUAAUCUGAAGAAAAAAUUAGAAAAUGACCAGCAUGUCACUCCUGCUGCUGCUAUCAAAUCUACUGAUCCAAUAAUAAUGUCCGAAGAUGAAGAUGAAGAUGAAGAUGAGGAGAUAGUCAAUGGUGUUGCGGAAGGUCGGAUUCCAUCCUACUCCCUCGAGUCAAAGUUAGGGGAUUGCAAGAGGGCUGCAGCCAUCCGUCGCAAGGCCUUGGAGAGAAUAACCGGCAAAUCAUUAGACGGACUUCCCUUGGAGAGUUUUGACUAUGAAUCAAUUCUGGGUCAGUGUUGCGAGAUGCCAGUUGGGUACGUACAGAUUCCUGUAGGUAUUGCGGGGCCGCUCUUGCUUGACGGUGAGGAGUACUCUGUACCCAUGGCUACCACGGAGGGUUGCUUGGUGGCCAGCACCAACAGGGGUUGCAAAGCCAUCUAUGCCUCCGGAGGUGCAACCAGUGUGGUGUUCAAGGAUGGGAUGACUAGAGCUCCAGUGGUGAGAUUCUCCACCGCCAAAAGAGCCGCCCAGUUGAAGCUUUUCUUGGAGGACCCUUUAAGUUUCGAGACCAUUGCCGCCGCAUUCAAUAAAUCCAGUCGUUUCGCUCGCCUCCAAACCAUCAAAUGCGCUAUUGCCGGCAAGAAUCUGUACAUGAGAUUCACUUGCAGCACUGGCGAUGCCAUGGGGAUGAACAUGGUAUCCAAGGGCGUCCAGAACGUAUUGGACUUCCUCCAGACCACCGACUUCCCCGACAUGGACAUCAUCGGCAUCUCUGGCAACUUCUGCUCCGACAAGAAACCUGCGGCUGUCAAUUGGAUUGAAGGCCGCGGUAAGUCAGUGGUCUGCGAGGCCAUAAUAAAGGAAGAUGUAGUUAACAAAGUACUAAAAACUGAUGUUGCCUCCUUAGUAGAGCUCAACAUGCUCAAGAAUCUAACUGGAUCCGCCAUGGCUGGAGCUCUCGGGGGAUUCAACGCCCACGCCGCCAACAUUGUGUCGGCCGUCUUCAUCGCCACAGGACAAGACCCCGCACAAAACAUUGAAAGCUCCCACUGUAUAACUAUGAUGGAGGCGGUUAAUGAAGGGAAAGAUCUUCACAUCUCAGUCACCAUGCCAUCCAUUGAGGUAGGCACUGUGGGGGGUGGAACUCAGCUUGCUUCCCAGGCCGCAUGCUUGAAUCUACUAGGAGUGAAGGGUGCUAGCAAGGAAGUGCCCGGAGCCAACUCUAGAAGGUUGGCCACCGUGGUUGCCGGAGCAGUAUUAGCUGGGGAGCUUUCUUUGAUGUCUGCAAUAGCUGCAGGACAGCUUGUUAAGAGUCACAUGAAGUACAAUAGGUCUAACAAACCUUAGAAUUGAAAACACUCAGGCACUGCACGGAGAAGCAACAUUGAUUAUCAAUGAUGUAUGUAUCCAAAUUCUUUUUUGUUCUUUUAUAAUGAAUUCAAUUUCUUUGGUAAUUAA